UCUCCGUUCACCCUACUUUUGAAAGAUUCGAAUUAGACUUGUGAUAAUAGAGACCUGAUAAGUUCUUAGUGCAGCUGCGUUUGUACACUAAGCUAGUAUACUGCACUCAACAUGCAGGAUACUAUAACACUGUAUUAGAUUACCGUUCACUUCUUAAUGUUGUGUGACUGCCUGCUGAGUGUUGGCCUUCAGGUGCUUCUGACGACCCGUGUCAUCUCGGUCCUACGUCAUGGAGGUGGAGAGGGCGCUGCCGGCCGCGCCGUCGAACCGCGAUCCGCUCUUAGUUGUCCACGAAGCUGACGUCUCUUCGGGCGAGCAUGCAGGGGCCAGGUCUGCGCCGCGGCCAAGAGUCGGCAGCUCCUCCUCCGCUGGCAGCUGCUCGUCUGACGCUUCGAGCGACGGUUCUCGCGGGGCAUGCGACGACGCGGUCUGCUCCAGCUCGACGGCCUGGGUUUGGGUGCCGGGGGGCAAGGGGAGGGGCCGUAUGCCCAACGCGGGCUUGGGAAAAGACUUGACGGACGCAUCAGUGUGUGAACUCAUACGUUUGAACAGUUCGGGGAAGAAUUCGGGUUACUCGAAUUUCGAUUUUGCUUUCCUUGUUCGGAGUAAUGACGAGUAUUCUCAUCUGCUUAAAGGAUUACUGGAUGUCCAGAAUAAGAUGAAGGAGCUCACGCCCCAGCACAUCCGACAGCACUUCGACGUCGCCUUCAAACAGGUCGAACUCCUCCAGCAAUUUCAACAGGAAUUAAAUGAGGCAGAACAUUUUCCCAAUUUUAAGAAGAACCUCAUGACUCCUUCGCUUCGAGUCAAUUUCUAUGCUCUAGUCCUGAAGUCUCUGAAAUCUCGCGGCAGCAGGAGCGAACGGGAGAGCCUCCAAAGAGCCAUAGAUUACUUAAAUCUCGUCAACCGGAAAGCCAAUACGGAAAUGACUGUGGCCAGCGUCAUGGAAUGCCCGGUGGACCUCAGGCUCUCGGGUGAUCUUCUGCUUGUUGACGAAUUCCAUUACGUCGCCGGACCCCUCACCAAGAAGAAGUAUACGCUGGUCUUAUUUGAACACAUCUUACUCUUCACUUUGUCCAGCAUCACUUGUUUCAGGCUCAUGACUUACUGCAGACCAGGUCAAAUCGAGUCCAUAGAAAGUGGGCCCGAAAAUGAGCUGCACCUGUACGUGAAACCGACCUUCAAACAGCAGUUCAUCCGACACAUUUUUAGGCCUCGGAACGCGUCUGCUCGAAGCUUAUGGGAAGAGAAACUGCAAACGUUAGUGCCAUCCUACAGAGCCAGCUCGAGAAAGGGUGUGAGUGUGGCCCCACGAACCGCCGACCUUCUUCCUCUGAGUCUCACGUCAGAGUAUCCCCAACUCCAGGCUGCUCUGGUCAUGGUCCCCAAGACCACUCAGUCAGACCCCCUUGGACGUUCGGAGAUUUUCAACGAGGAGUCUCUACAAAAUCUUGUGGUUCGCGAGGAAAAUUACAUAAGACAGUUGUCUCAGAUUACACAAGAAAACCGCGAGCUUCCGAGGUUUGUUUUGAGUAUCCUAACACAAAUCUUGAGUCUGCAUAACAGGAACAUCCUACCCAAGUUAAGAAAGGCAUGUCAACAAGGUCUGCCAAAAGUACUACUUUGCUUCGAAGAUGUCAUGGACGACCUGGGAAUAUAUAGCGAAUACCUCGCCGCCACCGUCCAGGUGAACCACUUGCCUGACUCCGCCGAGCAGCCGGACCCCGUCACGGCGCCUAUCCACCACUUCGUCUUCUACCUCUCCUGGUUAUCCGAGCAAGGGCGCCAGACGGAGGCCAUCGUGGCCGGGCUGCACGCUGUAGUCGCCAACGCCAGGGCUCGCAUCCUCACCGAGGCCAUCGUCAACAGCCGAGUCGACUUCUUCAGGAGCGGGAAAGUCCUACGCUGCGACACGCUGCGAGUGGCGACGCCACACAAGGGCAUAAGAAGUGGAAUCUAUAGGGCACUCUUGUUCAAGAAACUCAUCAUCCUGACGAGGGUGAGAGCGCCCUUCUACGAAUACGUGUGCGACAUCAGACUAGACGAAGUCAACCUAGGUCCCCUAAAGGGCUCUUAUCCGACGGACUUCAGACUAGAAGUCAGAAGGGGGGGAGGGAGAGGUCCCCAGGCCUUUGAGUUUCGCGCGCGCACCCAGGAGGCGAGGGACGCCUGGCUGGCGCACCUCAGGAGGGAGUUUCACGGGCAGGCAGAGGCGAUAAAAAGGCAGUCUUCUUUCUCUCACUUGUGAGUUCUCCAGCGAUUACUUUCAAAGGGGGCUGAAAGCGCACCGGCCACGCGUAUACGCAUGUUCAUUUGAAU